AGAAUAUGUGGAGUAAAAUCUGGCUUGAAACAAGGAAGGUAAACCCGGUACUGCUAUCAUUUAACUGCCACACAGUUUCAGAUGGUGCUCUGGGAUCUUUGAAAAACAAGGCAAGAAAAGCAAUCACAAGACAAAGACCCUUUUGUUCAGCAGUCCUCGAACACUUUGACCACCAGUACAGUGAGGAACUUGGAGACUUGUGGCCAUCAGCAAGAGCAGUGCUCCUGGACCCUCAGUCCUGGCAAUAUGGGGUCAUGUUAAACCGCUUCAGCACAGUGACAGAUAUAACACAGGUUGUUCUGUCCCUGGGCUUUUCAUCAUUGCCCCCACAAACCGAUGUCUCGGCACUGCUUUCUUAUGCUGCCUCCUCUGUGUCUAAUUCUAAAUAUGAAGAAGGACAAGACACUCUGUUGUCACCUCCGUACAUCUCAAAGUGCCCCCCUGAGGACUACAUCCUCCAACCUGACGCUACCUCUCAGGACUCUCUGACAGAGUUCAUUCUCAGUUUGCCUCAUUCUUCAUUACAAUGUUACGUCCACCCACAUCCGCUGCGGUUUCCUUCUCAGGCUCACAGGCCCGGUUGGUUGAAGCAGUACUACCUUCUGAAUGCUGCCUCCCUGCUUCCAGUUCUGGCUUUGCAAGUCAGAGAUGGGGACAAAGUUUUGGAUCUUUGUUCUGCCCCAGGGGGCAAAGCUAUAGCCAUAAUGCAGAGUGCAACUCCAGCGCUCCUCUGCUGUAAUGAACCGGACCCUCACAGACGAGACUGGCUGUCCAAAACCCUUGAGUCUUUCCUGCCUCACUCACUGAACAACAGUGUGAUUGUGUCUGCGCAGGACGGACGGUCUUUUGGGCACAGCAAGCCUGGUUUUUAUGACAAGGUUUUGGUUGAUGCUCCUUGUUCCAAUGACAGAAGCUGGCUGUAUUGUGGUUCUCAGCAGCAGGGGGAACAGAGACUCAAGGACAGAGCCAGGUUGCCCGUGCUCCAGGCUCAGCUCCUUAGGUCUGCACUAUCUGCAGUGCGUCGAGGGGGUGUUGUGGUGUAUUCAACCUGCACGCUGUCGAGCUUUGAGAACCGUGCUGUUGUUGAGGCGGUGCUGAACGACUUUCCUGAAGCUGAACUUGAAGAUCUGUGGGAGGAGAUUGCCAGUCCUUUAUCAAAAUACUUCAUGUUUAGUCCUCAUCUUGCCCGUGGACAGACACAUGCAAACCCAUCCCUGUUGCCACUGAGCAGCAGACUGGGAAUUCUAGUGGUUCCUCAGCCAGGCAAGACCUGGGGACCAAUGUUUUUGUCUCGAAUUAGAAGAAAAUAGAGUAUUUCUUUCUAUCCAAAGGGCAUACGUGUAAUGAAACUGUAUGAAGCACUGUUUUUAGGGCUUAUGAAUAACUCGCCACAAACUCUGUGAACUUCACUUUGCAGAAAAUACAGAGGACGCUAACAGCAGCAGGACUUUAUGGAUGUUAACAUGUCGGGGACGACAUACAUACAGCUUUCUGAAAACCUGAACUGAAGCAGUUUUAACUCAGC